AAUACAAGUGUAGCCCUGCAAACAAAAGACCGGCAAAUUUGCGUGGCUGCGCAAAAAUUAUUGUGAAAUUAUUUAGAGCACUUAAAGUUUGAAGACAUAGAAUGUCUACAAUUGAAAAGUUAUAUAUACAGGGUGUGCGCAGUUUUGGCACCAAUGCGGAAGACGCUCAGAGCAUUACAUUUUCAUCGCCAAUAACGCUGAUUCUGGGCCAAAAUGGCUGUGGCAAAACAACCAUAAUCGAGUGUUUGAAAUACGCGCUAACGGGCGAAUGUCCGCCAGGCAGCGACUCCGGCAAAAGUUUUGUUCACGAUCCAAAAAUAUUCGGAAGGCGCGAAUCUUUGGCGCAGGUGAAAAUGAUUGUGCGGGAUAAAAGCGAUGCACGUCUCUCCAUUUGCCGUAGUAUGAAGGUGACCAUUGCGUCGGAUAAGGCGACCUUUAAAACCAUCGACUCGACUCUCACUCAGUUGGGAAAUGCCGACGAUCAACUCAAGAAUAACAAUAAGAAUAAGAAUAAUCAAUCGAUGGGUUCUUCAAUGAGCUUGCGAAAUGCGAAUACAGAUCAAGCAAUAAGUGUAUUCAUGGGUGUAUCCAAGGCCAUUAUAAACAGUGUGCUCUUCUGUCAUCAGGAAGAUUCGAGUUGGCCACUCGACGAAGGCAAGAAAGUCAAAUUGAAAUUCGAUGCCAUCUUUGGCAUUACGGAGUACAACAAAGCGCUCGAUAACAUUAUCGGCUUGGAAAAGAAAUACGGUAUCGAGCUCAAAGUGAUGGAGGCCAACAUAAAGCUAUUGGCCCAUUUGAAGAAGGAAAUGGAUGACAAAACUCUAAGUUUGCAAAAAUAUGAACAACAAUGUGAUGAUAUCAAGAAGCAAUGUGAAAAAUGCGACGAGGAACUGAAACCUGUCGAUGCGCGCCUUCAGGAGAUUCGAGAUAUCGAAUGCGAGAUCAGCAAAUAUAGUGCGCGAAAGGUGGAAAUGGACACCAUGCACAAAAAUUGCAAGGAACAAAUUGGAAAACUAACUAGGAACAUCAAGAAGAAGUUUGAAGGAUCGCUGGCUGAAUUGGACUUGGAAAUCCAGAGUUUUAAUCAGCGAAUGUCUGAGAUGCGAAUUCAGCACACUGAAGUCAAGGAACAACUCAUGGAAAUGAAAAACUCAAAUGUGGAAAUACAGAAGACAUUGGGAACACAGGACAAAGAAUUGUAUGUGGCCAAACAGAAGCAGAAGAGCGAACAGGAAUGCAAAAUGCAGCUGACAAAAAACAUAAACAAAUUCUGCGAGCAAUUGCAAAUUAAAGUAGAUAGAGAUGUUAGUGAAAACGCAGAGAAAUUAGAAGAAAUGCUCAGUAAACAACUAGAGAUAAAACAAUGUGAGAUUACGGAAGUGGCAGAAGAAAAUGAACAAUCAGAUAAAACUCGUCAGUUUAAGAUUGAUGAACUACGCACGGAAAUAACCAAAUCGGAGCAGAGUCUAAAAACUCAAGAGAAACAGAAAUUGAUGAGCGAACAGGAGAGCGAAGCUCUUGAAUUAAAAAUCGAACAAAUUGAGGCUUCUUUUCUUCAGUUAAAAGCGCUCGAUAAACAAAUAACCAAUAUGGAUGAGCAAUAUGAACGUUUGACACAGAACUUUAAUCAGGAAUCCGCUCGUGAGAAUAUAGCCAAGAAAAAGUCAAGUAUUGCCGAGAAACAAACACGUUUUAAGCACUUGGAUAAACAGCUCACAUUUCUCAGUUCCAUCUCGAAGCUAAUGGCUGAGAUAAAUCUCAAGGAGAAGGAGCUGGAGAAGAAGAAGCAGGAAAUUCAUCGCGUUAAGAGCAAACACAGCCAGAAUUUUAGCACAUUCUUCAAGGAUCCCAUCACAAGCAAUUAUCGUAGAGCUUUACAAAAUGCUUAUGAUAAGCUACGUCGCGAAAUUCAAGAUUUAAACCAAAAAGCCAAUGCUCAAAAGCUCAAGGAGCAAUCCUAUGAAAUAGAACGUAAAAAUCUCUUAGCAGAUAUUGCCAAAAUGGAAAAAGAGCUGCAACAAUUUGAAGAGCGGAUCUAUCAAAAGUGCCGAUCUACGUCCUAUGAUGAGUUGAUACUUCGGAGUAAGGCAACAAUUGCCAAGUUGCAACUGGAACACGGUGCUCUCAAGUCAUCCGAGGCUAUGUACAACAGGUAUAUUCAAAAAAUCAAUGAGUGCCCGGAUUGUCCGUUGUGUCAUCGUAAUAUGUCUAGCGAUGAGGCCUGUGAUUUAACUACAGAGCUAACAGAUGAAAUACAAAAGCUACCUGAUAAUAUCAGCAGAUCCGAAAAGUCCUUAAAGGCCGAGCAAUUGAAAUACGAAGACUUGUUGCAAAUCAAGCCGGCUAUUGACAAGGUUAAGGAACUCAAGGAAAAUCUGCCGCAGAAGAAGGAAAAACUGCGAAAAAUUGAGGAGCUGCUCGGCGACUCAGUUGCCGAAUAUGAGACGCAGAUGAGUCUUCUGGGAGAACCCACCUGUAAUAUGGAGUUGGCCAAUUCCAUGCUGGGUGACAUGACGCUGCUGGACGAGGCGCUCAAGGAAUCUGGACGUUUCACCAAGGAUCUAGAGCAGCUCAAGUUGAAAUUGCCACAAAAUUAUGAUGCCAGUGUGUCCGCUGACGUUUUACAAGCUGAAAAAACUGAAGUCUCAAAGGAGCUGGAAACCGAGGCCAAGGAAUUGGAGACGGAACAACAAAAAUUUGAGCAGGAAAUGGAGGAGAUAAAUCGAUUGCGUGAAAUGAGAAAUGGCUUAAAGGACAAGCGAAUAAAGCUGCAGGAGGGACAGCAGAGUUUGCCGCAGUUCAAGGAAAGACUCGAUGAACUCAACGGAAUACUCAUCACAGUAGCAACCGAAAUUACCGAACUCAAGUCCAAAAUGCAGCCAUUAAAGCAAAAGCUGAGCGCAGCAAUUGAGGAAAAGGAGCGUUUAAAGAAAUGCGAGCAUUCUAAAUUAACUGAGCUUAACAGAAAAUACAACAAUUACAAGAUGAUCGUUCAGGAUAUACAAAGAUUAAAUAAACAAAGUCAAGACUUUACCAACAUGAAUCUAACUAAUAAAAUAGAGAAACUUGAAGCGAUCAUAAUAUUAACCAAAGAAGAAUUAACAAACUUGGAAACAGAAAUUCAGGCGUGCAGCAAGAGACUGGAAACAAUUAAUACCGAGUGUCUUAGUCAACAGAGCCUUGAGCGGGACUUAAAGGAUAAUCGCGAGCUAAAACAUAUGGAAAAAAAGGAAAUUGAACUGGCGGAAAAUUGUGCAACUUUGGCCAAAGAAUUGGGCAAUUUUAACUAUCACAAUGUGGACAAAGAGAAGAAGUUAUUGUUGACAAGAAAGGAAACAUUUUCAAUGCGACGAGGUGAAUUGUUUGGUCAGAUGGGAGAGGUUAACAACCAGGUCAAGAAACUGCAACGGGAAAUCAAUGAGCCCAAAUACAAGGAGUCCUUAAAGAACUAUCGACGUGCUCAAUUUCAAGUGGCUGUAAAGCGUCGUGGCAUUAAUGAUCUCCGAGAACAUCGAGCUGCCUUGGAAUGGGCAUUAAUUCAAUUCCAUGCCGAGAAAAUGAGUAAUAUUAAUAGCUUAAUACGUCAGUAUUGGCGUAUGAUAUACAAGGGCAAUGAUAUAGACUUUAUUGAGAUAGCUACAGAUGAUCCGGAUAAGAACAAGUCCACAUUGAAACGUCGUAAUUACAGCUACAAGGUGAUGCAGUCGAAAAACAAUUCAAAAAUUGAGAUGCGUGGUCGCUGCAGUGCUGGACAACGUGUUUUGGCCUCGCUCAUCAUACGCAUGGCUCUGGCCGAGACUUUUAGCAGCAACUGUGGUGUACUGGCUCUGGACGAGCCGACAACAAACUUGGAUAGGGAUAAUAUUAUUUCACUUUGUGAGGCACUCAACACUAUUGUCGAGGAACGACAGAUUCAGUCGAGUUUCAUGAUGAUAAUAAUUACUCACGAUGAGGAUUUUAUAUCAUCCUUGGGUAAAAUUAACAGCUAUCAUCGUGUGCAACGAAACUCACAAUGUAAAUCUGUUAUACAAAUGGUGUGUGUGGACGAUAAAUAAAUUCGUUUUCACUCACAUUACAUUCCAAUUUAAAUUUUCAUUACUGUUCUAUUACAAUAUUUAAUAUUAUUACGAAUUAAGGUCAUCUGUUGAAUUCAAGAUAUUUUACAUCAAUUGCAGUUGUUCAGCUUUUAAAUUUGUUUUCAUUACAAUAUUAAAUAUUAAACGAUUUAGGUUGAA